CCCCGUCAGGUGCUCCUUGGAAGGAAACCACCCUCCACACUCAACCCAAGCGCUGCACCGAGAAAGACAGAGGAUGGAGGCCGCCGCCGCCGCCUCCCCAUCCAUGACCUCCUUCCGCCCCGCGUCCCGCAGCGGCCGCGUCGCCUGCUGGGCUCGCUCGUCCCCGGGGACCGCGACGCCCCUCAGGGCCGUGCCGCUGAUGCGGGUGGCGCCCGAGUCGCUGCAGGCCGCGAGCGGGUCCCUCGUGGGCGUGCCGAGCCGCGGGGCUGGGGAGCAGGACUGGGUCGCCGACUUGGACGGUCCCGGCGCCAUGGAGUACCUAACGAGCGUGCUGGCCUCCAAGGUCUACGACGUGGCCCUGGAGACGCCGCUGGAGCGCGCCCGCAACCUCUCCGACCGCCUCGGGGUCAACCUCCACAUCAAGCGCGAGGACCUGCAGCCGGCAUUUUCAUUCAAGCUGAGGGGUGCAUAUAAUAUGAUGGCAAAGCUCUCCCAAGAGCAGUUAAACAAGGGUGUUAUCUGCUCCUCUGCUGGAAACCAUGCUCAAGGAGUUGCUCUUUCUGCCCAAAGAUUGGGCUGUCAUGCCGUUAUUGUCAUGCCUGUGACAACACCAGAAAACAAGUGGCAAUCGGUGGAGAAAUUGGGUGCUACAGUCGUUCUCAACGGAGACUCAUAUGACGAAGCUCAGUCAUAUGCAAAACUACUCUGUGAGGAGGAAGGCCUCACAUUUAUACCUCCUUUUGACCAUCCCGAUAUUAUUGCUGGACAAGGAACUGUUGGCAUGGAAAUUGUUCGCCAAUUGCAAGGUCCAUUACAUGCAAUAUUUGUACCUGUGGGAGGUGGUGGAUUAAUUGCUGGGAUUGCUGCCUAUGUGAAACGGGUCUGCCCUGAGGUCAAAAUAAUUGGAGUGGAGCCCUCAGAUGCAAAUGCCAUGGCAUUGUCCUUGUUUCAUGGCCAGAGGGUCAUGUUAGAACAUAUUGGAGGGUUUGCUGAUGGUGUAGCUGUCAAAGUUGUAGGCAAGGAGACAUUUCCCUUGUGUCAAGAUUUUGUAGAUGGCAUUGUGCUGGUCAGCCAAGAUGCUAUCUGUGCUUCAAUAAAGGAUAUGUUUGAGGAGAACAGGAAUAUCCUUGAACCUUCUGGGGCCCUUGCCUUGGCUGGGGCUGAAGCUUACUGCAAAUACUACGGUUUGAAAGGGGAAACUGUGGUUGCAAUAAGUAGCGGUGCAAAUAUGAACUUUGAUGCACUUAGAUUAGUAACCGAGCUUCCUGAUGUUGGUCGAAAACCAGAAGCGGUAUUACCUACAUUUUUGCCGAAGGAGCAGAGAAGCUUCAAAAAGUUUGCAGAACUGUUUUGCCGGAUGAAUAUUAACGGAUUCAAACACAUAUGUGAUUCUCAUGGAAAAGAAGCCCUUGUUCUACACAGCGGAAGUGAUGACAUCGGAGAUGAACCGGUCCAGGCCAAACCUGUAGAAGUUGGAGACGAUGGCAAGGAAUGUGAGGAUAGCUGUAGACCGUACGGAGAGGGGGAAAAGCCGCUGGCAUGGCUGGACGCCCGUGUGGUCACCACCACCCUGAUCGUCAACCUCAUGACGGCAGGGCUUGGCCUGUACGUGAAAGCGCAGCACCCAAGUGCGCACCCGCUGGUGGUCACAUGCUGGGAGGCCUUGCCGCUCACCAUGGUGCGCGUCGUCCUCGUGUCCGGCCUCGGCGCCGCGCUCGCACUAGGCGUCCUGCUCAUGUAUGCCGGCAUUAAGAUGAGCCUACAGGGGGGGUCCCGGUCCCGCUCGGCCUAGUUAGUGUACAUCUAUUUUGCCUUUAUUUACUGUUGUUAUAUCUCUUAUUGUUGUGUGUGUAAUAUAUGCAUCAAUUAAUAUUGAUCGGAUCGGAGGGAGUAUUAUAUAUUGUUUAGAAAGAAGAAAGAAAUAAACAUGUGAAGAGUUGAGGGAGAUGACGGAGCACCACCCCUCAUUGUGCAUGUAUAUAACUGGGGCAUGACCCAGAAGGCAAAACGUGUAUAAGAUAUAUAUAACGCUGCAAUAAGAACUACAGUAGUGAAUCUCA